UCGCUUUUACUUGUUCUUGAUAAUAAAUCUUCAAUUGUGUUUUCAAUGCAAUAUUCAUGUUCACAGCAAUGAAAUUAUUCAAGGAUGUGUAAAAGUAAUUGAUAAAUUAUUCGAAUCAAACACACGAUAUUCGCGUAUUUUACAUUUGAAGAAAAGGAUAUUUCACAUGCACCGAUCUGAUAGAAUCACUUUCGACAUCAGAUAUUUAAAAGUGGCUGCACUUGGAAUGUUGCACCACUGAACUUUAUUUAAAAAAAGAGAUAUUUUUGAAAAAUUCGAUGAAAGGAUAUUUUGAAGUGGUAGGAACGAAGAGACGCGAAAACGGUGGAGGGGCGAUUAUAUCGUCUGGAGCGUAGUCGAGGAUGAAACAACGUGGGUUCGGCCAGUGCGUGUCAAUCGUCGACGCGAUGUUGAACGCGGUCAAACGAGUCUGAAUUUGAAAAGUGCUAGUCUAUACGAAAGUUGAUUGAAAGUGUACGUUGUACAUAAAUACCUACCAGUUUCACGAUGUCGCUGCUCGCAACGGUGUUCCGACGAAAAGGUAUUACGUUGACCCGGAACAAAGGCGAGAAUGCCAUGGAACUAAGACCCGCAAGCGGUGAUGGCUGUAAGAAUCAAACUCCGCCAACUCUGCUUUCGAGUUUGAGAAGCGUCCUUUUCGUAAUCGGAACCGUAGUGAUCGGUUUUGCUGCGCUCUGCAACUCACUUACAUGGCAUUUACAGAGAUUCUGGGGAGCCUCAGGCGACUUCUGGCAAGCCCAAUGGGAUAAAAUUUUAGACAAACUAGGGGACGAUCCUGUCACGCUCUGGGUGCAUGGCUCGUUGGGGCUGACGUUCUUCGUGUACUGGUUCUUUGGGGGUAUUUACACGAUACUAGAUAUAACUAAUCGGCCGGCCGCCUUGCGGAGAUACAAAAUACAGCCGGGUACAAACGAGCCAGUCGACACGAGGGAAUUGUGCAAAGUGAUCGUUCAAGUGCUAUUCAAUCAGAUCAUUGUUGGAGUUCCUCUGGCGUACGUCAGUUAUCACUUUAUGGAAUGGCGCGCUUACCCCCCUGUACGCGAAUUGCCGACCUUCCAUUGGGUGCUAGUUGAAAUCGCCAUUCACAUAUUGUGCGAGGAAAUUGCGUUUUAUUACUCGCACAGAUUUCUGCAUAGCCGCUAUCUAUAUAAAUAUAUACAUAAGCAGCACCAUGAAUGGACGGCCCCCAUAGCUGUAACGUCGCUAUAUUGUCAUCCCUUAGAACACAUUGGCUCGAACUUAUUACCACCGUUUUUGGGAGUAUUCAUCGUAGGUUCUCAUGUGGCUACCGCUUGGCUUUGGUUCUCGCUUGCUAUACUGUCUACAUUAAACGCACAUUCCGGUUACCAUCUACCGUUCUUUCCAUCCCCAGAAGCUCACGAUUUUCACCAUUUGAAAUUCAACCAAUGCUUUGGAGUCCUGGGGGUGCUAGAUCGCGUUCACGGUACGGACACGCAAUUUCGUAAUUCCAGAGCUUAUCAGCGUCACAUAAUGAUGCUUAGCUUGAUACCUCCGAGGGAAGCUUUCCCAGAUGAAGUAAAAUACAAAUCUAAAUAGAAAGUUUCAUUGAGCAUCGUGAUUAAAUCAUGAAAGUUUGUUACGAAAAUACGUUUAAUAUCAAAAUGUGGUGUGAAAUACUCCAACACGUGAAGCAUACUGUUAUUUUUUUAUUAAUCUUGAUCGAGAACAAUCGACCAAUUGAAUUUAGCGAGAUGCGACAGAGAUGAUGUUACCCAAUGGUUUAUUGUUUAAUCGAUCAAGUUACGCUUUUCUGUAUAGAAACUGCAUACUUUCACGUAUUCUCAUCUCGUGAGCGGUUUCGUUUUAUCGACGUAGUGAUUGAAUAAUAUAUCCAUUAUUUAUAUAAUUUUUUUAUACAAAAAUGCGCAACAAAUGCAAUUGUACGAAUAUUUUAACGAAUGGUUCCCACGUGUAAGAACGAUCGUUAGGAUUUACGAUUGUUUGGCCUUUUUUAUUUUAAUUCAGAAAUAUAAGAAAAAUAAUCCCUAAAAUAUUAUGAAAAUUAUACUGUAUAACUUCAAUGGACGAAUUUUAGGUUGUUAGAAUAGCUUUUUUAUAACAAAAUAUACUGCUGCGAAACUUACGUUAGAACUAUAUAUCGAAUGUUUCGUCUGGAUAUUAUCUUGUUAUAAUUAAAUGGUAUAGCAAUAUUCUGAAAAACAUCUACUUCACAAAAUUAUGGUUGUAUUGAGAAUACAACAUUUGAGAUGGAACUAUUUGUGACAAUUACUAUUUUUAUAUUUAAUUCAAUAAUGAAAGCAAUGACUUAAUAUAAAUUUAAUCUAAUAAUAAGAGGAUAUUAAUAUCGUAGUAUUAUAGAGAAGAGUAUUAUUGUUCUAGAUUGUUAUAAAUUAUCAAAGAUUGUGCACUUUAAAAGCUUUAAAUUUGCAAAAUAAAUUAAAUCGAUCUACUUGAA